AAGAUAUCGAAUGUUUUAAUUAUUAAUAGAAUUAUUCUAACUUAACAAAUGCAAACAAAAGAUAUUUCACAUAAUCUAUCUCAAUUCAAUUGUAAUCUAUCAACCAUAACGACUACGACACCACCACAACCAACAACAACAACAGACAAAUUGAAUUCCUCAUCAUCUACAUCAUCAUCAUUUUUAAUUACAGAUAUUCUUUCAUCAAAUAACAAUAUUGAUCAAAUUGAACAUUUAACAAACACCAAUCUAUCAUCUACCAAUCAGAUUAAUUCUGCACAAAAACAACAACAACAAAACAACGGGGAUAUUGAAUCAUUCAUUGUUCAACAUGAAGAUAACAUUAAUGAUAUGAUGUUAAUGAUGACAAAUACUACUCAUCCUAUAUGGCAAUGGUUAUUAGAUUCCUUCUUAUCAUCACUAUGCACAAAUGAAUCAAUAUCACGUGAUGAAUUUUUUAAUAAAAUCAAAGAAAAAUUCUCUACAACAACUAAUAAUGUACAUAAUGAAGAAAUAUUAUCACAUUUUUCAUUACAAUUAAAUAAACAAUUGUGUCAAUAUCAAUCUAUUGAACCAUUGAACGACAGCGCUACAUUUAAAUUGAAUAUUGAUUCAUUAAAACAAUUAUCACAUGAAUUUUGGCGAUUAUUUCAAGAAACUUCUUUAAAUAAUAAUAAUAAUAACAAAGAUAUUACUGAAUUACAGCCGGAUUGUAAACCGUGUAACGACAAUGAACAAUUAAAUCAUUCAAAUGAAUUAAAAUUAUUUUGGACAAAAUCAUAUGAACAAUAUUUCCGCCAUACAUUAUUAGGUCAAUUAAAACAAACAGAACAUUCAAUUGUCAAUAAUAACAAUAAAAAUAAUGAUAAUCAUAAUAAUAUUCAUCUUAAAAAUAAAAUUAAACGUAAAGAACAAAAAACCGUAGAUUUAAACAAUAAAAAUAUUGAAACAAUUGAACAAAAUGAUAAAUCGCCAUCUUAUCAUCAUCAUCAUCAUCAUCAACCAUUCACAUGGUUUUUUAAUCCAAUGCUUCAUGGUUGUUUAAAUACACAAGAGAAAUUAUAUAAUUUUUAUAAAACAAAUUUUUUUUGUAUAAAAAAUUAUUGUAAACAAAUGGAAAAUUUAAAAAUUAAUGAAAAUUUAUUUAUCAAUGAUACUACUACUAAUAAUGAUAACAGUAGUAUAAUCAAUGAUACCAAUGAUAAGACUAUUACUAAUACUACUACUACUACUAACAGUAACAAUAAUAGUAAUAUUGUGAAUAAUGAAGUGAACGAUGCAAGUGUUGUGUCAUUGCCGUCAAAUUCUGCAUUAGACGCUUUGAUUCAUAUGACCACCUCGACAAUGCAACAGUUGAAACAUGAUGGAGAUUAUUCAGGUGAUUUAUUGAUUAUUUUUUUUCUUUUAUAUUGA